AUGAACCAGACAAAACCGACACUAGCAGAACGCAAGUGCGGUCCGGCUCUUGAAGAUCACAGCAUUCCGAGCCAGCAAAGCUUUGCCGGUUUCCACCGGGCUCGCGGUCCGACAAAUGUAGUAGAGUGGAUGGGGACCCGAUGGAGAUCACUUUCAAGUCUUUGCCAACUGUCCAGACCAUCAGACUCUGAUAUUACCACUUCUCUCUACCGUGGUUGGCCAACAACCAACCACCUCCUCCCCGCGAUUCGGAACCCAACUGGCACCCGGACGCUUGAUUUACCAAAUGACAUUGAAUGGUGGCUAUUCAGACAGGUUACGUAUUCAUCUACAAGCGAUCUGCAGCUUUCUUUGAGUUACUAUCUUCUGAGAGAAAAGAGAAAAAAAGUUGACUAUAAUAUUGUCGAUGAUGAAAAUUUUUCUCAUGCAACUGCAAGGCAGAUCUGUUGCUCUCACCAUUUAUUAUUGACUCUCGAAUUCCAGCCCAACUAG